AUGAGCAAUCUCGAUGCUGCGCCAGGCUCUUCGGGUGCCAGGCGGAAAAGGAGCCGUAUUGCCUGCGAUUUCUGCCAUUCACGUAAAGUGCGAUGUGACCUGACGGUGACUGGUGCGCCUUGUACAAAUUGUCGCCUGGACAAGCAGAGCUGUUUCGUGAGAGAGUCACGCAGCAAGCGCCACAAAAAACAAGCAUCAAGAAAUAACAGUGACUCGCAGCGCAGGUCUUGUAACCCCGUCCCACAAGACCCGCUGGCCAUAGCCUUGCGGUCUAGUGCUGGAUUGGCAGAGGCCAGAGAGGAUACUGAUACUGGGGGCCUGCAAUUCAAUGUCCCAUUCACCCGUCUUUCCUCCCCAGAUCAGCGCUUGCCGACCGGGGCAGAGAGUCUGCCGGCUCUUCGAUCGAUGCUGGGAGACACGCCCCCGUCCGCAGACCUAGCCGCUGCGGACAAAAGUGUUAUAUUCUCCUAUUACGAAUUCCUGCAGUUGAAGGGCCUGUGUAAAUUACCGCCUGCGGAUGUCAGAUACCUGGAGCUCAAGGGCUGCUUUCGUGUCCCGACCGGGGCUCAUCUGGACAACUUCCUACGCCAGUAUUUUCUCCACGCCCACCCCUGCAUGCCAGUUGUCGACGAGACAGGGUUCUGGUCUUCCUAUGAGCAGCACGGUCUUGGUGGUAGUCCCAAGGUUUCGCUAUUGCUUUUCCAAGCCAUGCUUUUCACAGCGUCUGCAUUUAUGCCCCUGGGUUCUCUGAGGGCCUGUGGAUUCAGCGACCGUAAUGAAGCCCGUGAAAGCCUUCACCAGCGUGCUGCGCUGCUCUAUCAUCUGAAAGCGGAAACAGACCAUACCACCAUCGCCCAAGCAGCUCUAUUACUAUCCUUUCAGUCCUCUGCUAUUGAUGUCUACAGUAACACUUCGUUUUUGUCAACUGCCAUCCAAGCCGCCCGUGCCAGCCAAGCCUGCCUCUACAAGACGCUCCCCGGCUUAACGACAGAACAGCGGCGGUACAAAAAGCGACUCUGGUGGUGCUGCGUCGUGCGCGAUCGGACUAUUGCGCUGGGUGUACGCCGACCACUACAGAUCACUCCGGAAAGCUUCAAUCCCCGUGAAGAUCCUCUGGCGGAGGAGGACCUGGAAUGUGAGAUGGAAAGGUCGAGAGUGUAUGAUUUGGAUAUCAAGCGGUGUCUCAUCAAGCUCUUCGUUGUCCACUGCGAUCUCUCAGCCGCGCUUACAUCCACGGUCAUGACCAUCUGUCCACCAAAUAGUGUUCCCAUACCAUUAUCUCCAACAUACGAAGACCUGUUCCGGUUGUUCACGGCCGCAGAGGGCUGUAGGCAUGAACUCAAGGCCUGGUUCGAUACAGCAGAGACACAGCUCAGGCAUGCUUCACGGACCUGUCUUCAACGCACCAGCUUCGUAAUGCUGUACGUGGAUCUACAGUGGAUCUACUACUUCACUGCCCAGAUGGCGCUGAGCCAUUCCAUAAUCUUUGCGUCCAGCACAACCAGCCACGCUCUCCGACCUGACUGGAUCACGCGGCUGGACAUCAGCAAGAGUGAUUUGAUGACUUCAUUUAUAGGCCUUAAGAACGUAUUUAAGAGGCUGGUCGCUUCCAACCUCGCUGGCCAUCUUCCGAUUAGCGCAUCGGCAUAUACAGCAGUGCCUCUGUUGCUAAUAUCGCUCGAUGUCCAACUGUCCUCGUCCGAGGGCCAGAAAGGCAAACGCAUGCGCGAGCUUUCAUAUUGCGCUGAAGCAAUGCGACAAUACGCUUGUCGGUUUCAAUUCGCGCAGUUUGUCUCUGGUAUAGUCUGUAAAGUCCUUCAGCUGCUGGAUGCCACAUCCAGUCCUGCUGCAAUGUCUCGCGGUAACAUCCUUGAGGAGGGCAUGUUCGAGGGCGAAAACCGACCGCAAACCUGGUGUGAACUAUACAUAGAGAAUCCACAGCUCUAUUUCACGCUUCUGUUCUCUUUAGACCACUCCUUGUCAUGGGGGAAGGUGCCAACAUCUCACGAACUCCCGGACUGGUCACUUCGUCGGCGCUCUUCUAGAUCGCCGCAACAACUGAACAGGUCAUCGCUAAGUUUGACCCCAGGCCUGAGGCAAGAGGUCAGCGAGCUGUCUCCAGCCAUUAUCGACCUGGGCGACAAUAUGGCCUCGAGCUGGAUGUCGAACGAUCAGUGGGAGAACCUCCUUUCCACCCGCGUAUAUUGCGAGGACUCUCCGGGUUUGGGCAUUGAACAGGCGACGUCCCCGGUUGCACUAGGUACAUCUACUGUUAUUCCCGACCAGCCGGAAACAUUGCCUGGUCCCAGCCGGGAUGAUGCUCAAGAGUGCGAGUCUAUCUCAGACACCCUCUCGUUCAUGCUUCAGUAUUCUUGCCCUGCCAUUGGGUAAUGAUUAGGUAGAAAUUAAAUAUACAGAGCAGGUAGAAGUUGG